GCUCUCAGCCCUCUGCCUCCGCCUACCCACAACCGCCGCUCGUACCUUCUCCUCUGCCCUCCUAAACAUACCCCAACGAUCAACAUGGCGGAGAAUAUGGAAGGCGUCGUCACCGAGGGCGAGCAGCCCAAAGCCGAGAAUGUUGAGCAGAAGGCGGUCGCUGACAUUCGAGGCAACUUCACCCUGCUGGAACGAGCCGUCGCCCAGUUCGAUUCGCGGUUUACGCUUAGGGCUCUUCGAUCAAUAUCGUCCCUCCGGAAGAGGCUCACCGACCGCGUGCUAUGUUCAGUCAUCGUCCUGACGUAUUCGCCGAGCAACGCCACUGCGAGGGUGCUCAUCGAGGCGAUUGGUAUGGAUGGAGAGGUUAUACAGAGUGUAGUGUCUCAGUACAAGGAGGAGAUUCAGCAGAACAAGGGCAGCACCAAGGAGCCGAUACCUGAGAUCGACGUCUACAUAGCCAUCCUGAUCCAGGUGUAUCUCUACGACCAGAAAGACUAUGAGGAGGGCGCCGAGUUCUCGUCCCAGCUAGUAGACAAGAUCCGGGAGCUGAACAGGCGAACCUUGGAUUCCCUAGCCGCGAAAGCCUACUUCUACUUCUCGCUCUUCCACGAAGAGCUCGAUCCGAAACCGCCGUCCAAGCAGUCGCCCGUUAUCGCGCUUCGUGGAAAGCUGCUUGCGGCCUUACGCAGCGCCGUCCUCCGGAAGGACCAGGACACACAGGCUUCGGUGACGACAUUGCUCCUGCGAAACUACAUCUCCACCGCCGAUAUCACACAGGCCGAUCUCCUCGUCGCGCAAACCCAGUUCCCUCCGAAUGCCCCAAACAACCAGGUCGCAAGGUACCUCUACUACCUUGGCCGCAUACGGGCGAUCCAACUGUCUUACACGGAGGCGCAUGACCACCUCACAAGCGCAACCCGCAAGUCUCCAACGAACUCGGUCGCGGCCGGCUUUUACCAGGCUUCUAUGAAGCUGUUGAUCGUGGUGGAGUUGCUCAUGGGUGAUAUUCCAGACCGUGCUGUCUUCAGCCAGCCUCGCCUUGAGUAUGCGUUGGAGCCGUACUUCCGCCUCGUUCAAGCAGUCCGUGUCGGUGAUCUCCAAGGCUUCUUAAAGAUUGUCGCCACCUUCGCCUCGACCUUCCACCGCGACGGUACCUACACCUUGAUCCUCCGUCUCCGACAAAACGUCAUCAAGACCGGCAUUCGCAUGCUUUCGCUGUCCUACUCGCGCAUCUCGCUACGAGAUAUCUGCAUUCGCCUCGGGCUGGAGAGCGAAGAGUCGGCUGAGUACAUUGUUGCAAAGGCUAUCCGCGACGGCGUCAUUGAGGCCUCAAUCGACCACGAGAAGGGCUUCAUGCAGACAAAGCAAGCCGGCGACAUCUAUGCCACGCGCGAACCUGGCGAGGCCUUCCACGAGCGUAUCCGAGCUUGCUUGACUUUGCACGAUGAGUGCGUCAAGGCGAUGCGAUAUCCUAUGAACCAGCAUCGCUUGGAGCUGAAGAAUGCCCAAGAGGCGAGAGAGCGGGAGCGGGAGCUUGCUAAGGAGAUCCAGGAGGGCGAUAUUGAUGAGGAUGAUGCAGCUGGAGACUUCGACGGUCUAUAGACAAGGAAUGAAAACGGCACAUG